GCACCGUGAGCGCGCCCGGUGGGUUAUGGGUACGGUGCCGGUGUGCAGGAAGUGCAGGCGGGAUGCUGCUGAGAGAAAAGCGCACCGCUGCUCCGUCCAUCCGCGAUAAGAGGGAUGAGGAAUAAUCAGCUGUUGUGUUGUGGAACCAACAUCCACAUGCAGGAGUCCGACACCAGCGAGCGCCUCCUCCUGUCCUGACAGCCCGGCGGAGCGGCGCGGAGAAGCGGGUCCGUGCACCGUGACGGAGACGACCGCUGUCCACGGCACCGACGGGUCCCAUCCGUCCUGCUGGCCGUCACCGGACCGGUGUGUCCCCGGACCAGUAAACAACCGACCCUGCCCUCGCCUCUCUCUCUCUCUCUCUCUCUCUCUCUGUCUCUCCCGGUGUGUGUGUGACCGUCCUGUCGCGUUGAUUGAAGGAAGACUGAUGCUUCCCCUCUCGGUGCGUUUGUGAGAUCACCUUUGCGGUUCACCUUGGAAAUAAGAAAAACGCGUGAAAGGUCGAUGGAUCACAUGCCGCAGAAACAAACCAGCACUGACCCAUGUGGGGUCAAAGUGCAGCCUGGACCCUGUGCGUUACUUGCAGCCGGUCCAGGUUUACCUCCACAACUUGCCAUCCAGGAGCCAGCUCUCAUCAUCCCACCAGAGUUCCCCAACAAACCAAAGUCUGGGUUGAGCCCCGUCCAGGCACCGGUUCCACCCGUGAAAGUGACAGAACCGACAGGCCACACAAGCACAGCGACGCUGACGAGCAUAAGUCGGCCAAGACCGACCGCCCUCGGGACUAAACCUGCUCCGAAGCCGACCAGGAUCCCAGCUGACCUCUCCAAGGAAAUAGAUUUGAUCCCAGUUUGCAUCCCAGGACCUCAGUGUGCCAACGUCCUGCCACAGACUGAGUCCUCCCUUCCUCUCCACAGUCCUCAGAGUCCCCACAGUCCUCAGAGUCCCCACAGUCCUCAGAGUCCCCAUAGUCCUCAGUCUUACACCAACCAGCCUUACCUGAGUCCCACUCCCAGCCCGAACCCACCCGCCAGCCUCAGUCUCAAACCAGGCCUCAGUGUUCAGUCGCAGAGGAGCCCUUCACCCGGGGGCCCAACACAGAGCCAAGUGCAGCCGGAGAAGCCGGCAGGAGAGAACAAUGACUUCAGGGUGUACAUCGUCACAUGGAACGUGGGCUCAGCUGUCCCGCCAGAUGAUAUCACCUCUCUGUUCGGACCAAAUGUUUCAGACGGAAACGUCGACAUGUUUAUCAUCGGACUCCAGGAGGUGAACUCCAUGAUCAACAAGAGGCUGAAGGAUGCUCUUUUUUCGGACCAGUGGAGCGAGCUGUGCAUGGACACACUCAGCCCUUUUGGAUACGUUCUGGUGGCGUCCCAGCGAAUGCAGGGCGUGCUGCUGCUGGUUUUCUCUAAAUUCUGCCAUCUUCCAUUCCUCAGAGGCGUGCAGACAGAGAGUACACGCACAGGACUCGGUGGAUACUGGGGGAAUAAAGGGGGUGUCAGUGUGAGGAUGACGGUGUUCGGACACCCGCUGUGCUUCCUCAACUGUCACCUGCCAGCUCACAUGAGGAACCUGGAGCAGCGGAUGGAGGACUUUGAGAGCAUCCUGCAGCAGCAGCAGUUUGAAGGCGGCACUGCCACUGGUGUACUGGACCACGAUGUUGUGUUUUGGUUUGGAGAUCUAAAUUUCCGCAUUGAAGACUACGACAUCCAUGUGGUGAAAUGUGCCAUCGAUAGCAACAAGCUGCCUCUUCUGUGGGAGCGGGAUCAGCUCAACAUGGCUAAAAACACCGAGUCCAUCCUGGAGGGCUUCAUGGAGGGGCCACUCAAAUUCCCACCGACUUAUAAGUUUGAUGUGGGCACUCAUACGUACGACACCAGUGCUAAGAAGAGGAAACCUGCCUGGACGGAUCGCAUCCUCUGGCGCCUCCGACGCACCGGCUCCCCGGUCCCUUCCCACAAUGCAGCACUACAGCGGGGUCUGACCUCGUGGCUCGGUGGGGCAACUAAAGUGACGCAGCACACCUACCGAAGUCACAUGGGCUACACCAUCAGCGACCACAAGCCUGUUUCUGCCCUGUUCUCCCUUCAUUUCCCAUUCAAGGUGGCCCUGCCCCUGGUGGAGCUGCAGGUCAGUAAGGAGUGGUGUAAAGUCUCCGAUGCCACGGUCAGAUUCACUUCUGCAUCAACUUAUCAGCGCAGCUCAUGGGACUGGGUAGCAAUAUAUAAGGCCGGAUUCAGACAUCACAAAGACUACCAGGCCUACGUGUGGGCCAAGGGAGAGCACGCAUCACAGGUGACGUUUUCAGAGGAAGAUUUGCCCAGAGACGAUUGUGAAUACCUCCUGGGUUACUACAGCAAUAAUAUGAACAGUAUCGUUGGAUUGUCAACACCCGUUCAGAUCAAGAUACCAGUCCACAGUCCCACCAUGCAUCGCUCCGACAGCUCUGAUGUCAGCUCAGAGGAUGACAGCACCCUUGUCUUGCUGGCUCCUAACUCACGCAGCCCGAGUCCUAAAACAGGCAAAAGCCAUCAUCGCCACCGGCGUAGCCGCAGCCCGGCGGUUCCCACUCUCUCCUCCAACCCCCUCCCCUCCUUGCAGGGCCUCAGCCUCUGCCCUCGCUCCAAAGAAGGACAGACGCCAAGCCGCUCACCCUGCUCUGCUGCUAAGAAGGAACGGCUGGUGUCCCCCAACACAGUGCAGUCUCCGUCCAUCAGCCCGCUCAGUCCUCGCAGUCCUGUGUCUCCAGGUAGUGGAGUGACUGCACCAGAGGCCCUCAUCGCUGCCAUCUUAGGUGAACACAGACCAGCUCAGGUUAGCCCCUCAGGGGUCAAGCACAUCGGGAAGGCCGGGGAAACGGACACUGCGUAGAAAUAAGCAUCAAUUUGAUCCGACCCCACACUGUCUCUGUGCUCGUAGAAGCAGCACAGUCAAUGACUCCUAACGUAGUUUGCAAACAUUCCACAUUGUAGCUCUGCAGUUCUGUCUCUGAAUCGACCAUCAUCUCAUACACUGUGUGUAUCUGGGACUCGAAGCUGCGCCCAGACUCCCAGCGACGACAAGUGCUUUUAUAGACUCAUAAGCUAUAUCAUACGUAAACAAACAUAUUGAAUGUGAAACCAGAGUAAACCUGUGGUGGAUGUGAGCAGUUAUUAUCAACGGCAAUAUGGAGCUUCCGUCGAAAUGACAACUCCGGACCAGAAACACUGACAGUAUCAUAUUUCACAGUGGAGGGAGAGAGUGUGUGUUUGUGUGUCUGUGGGUUUGUGUAGGACUAUGUGUUAAGACUUAAAUAUGUGAAAUAUGCAUUUUGGACCAAAUGAUGGUUUAAACAUUUUAACUCUAUAGUUUUCGGUCUGUAUUCAUAAAAUGAAUCUGAUGUGUCAUGAAUAGAGAUAGAGCAUUUUUUCCAAACUCAAUCAUCCUGAAGUGUUCAUGUGACUUCAACAAUAAUCCUGCAUCAAUGCUCUUAUUCUUAGCAGCUUUGUGAAUACAGCCCCUGUUCUAUAGAGCUCAGUGAGUGGAUGUUUAGACCAAUGUGGUUUGUUUGCUUAGGAAAACACUGUUAUUUAUCUGUGUGAGUGUGCAAAUAAAAAAAAAACGGAACAAGUGGUCAAAUGAAAACACA